AAAAUACACAUUUCCAUCUCACUUUCAUUCCUACCUCAUUUGAUUCCUCUCAUUCAUUUGCGUUCACACCAAUCCGGCAAAUUAUCAUUACACUGAGGCGAAAAAAAAAUAAUUAAAAAAAUAAGUAAAUCAGCAAGCCAACCUGAGGUUGGUUUUCGCUGAAUACAGAUCUUCUCUCUCUCACUCUCUCUCUCUCUCUCUCUCUCUUCGCCACCAGCUUUCUCUUCGAUUCAGUUGAUAAAAAAUGGCUGAUGUUGAGGAUAUCCAGCCCCUCGUCUGUGAUAAUGGAACCGGAAUGGUGAAGGCUGGAUUUGCGGGCGAUGAUGCACCGAGGGCAGUUUUCCCCAGCAUUGUCGGUAGGCCUCGCCACACCGGUGUGAUGGUUGGUAUGGGACAGAAAGAUGCCUAUGUGGGUGACGAAGCACAGUCCAAAAGAGGUAUCUUGACAUUGAAAUACCCAAUUGAACACGGAAUCGUUAGCAACUGGGAUGACAUGGAGAAGAUUUGGCAUCACACUUUCUACAACGAGCUUCGUGUUGCCCCAGAGGAGCACCCCGUGCUUCUUACCGAAGCCCCUCUCAACCCAAAGGCUAACAGGGAGAAGAUGACCCAAAUAAUGUUCGAGACAUUCAAUUGCCCCGCCAUGUAUGUUGCCAUUCAGGCCGUUCUCUCUCUUUACGCCAGUGGUCGUACUACAGGUAUUGUGCUGGAUUCUGGUGAUGGUGUGAGUCACACUGUGCCAAUUUACGAGGGGUACUCUCUGCCACAUGCCAUCCUCCGAUUGGACCUUGCUGGGCGUGAUCUGACAGACUAUCUGAUGAAGAUUCUCACCGAGAGAGGGUACAUGUUCACCACCUCAGCAGAGCGGGAAAUUGUCCGUGACAUGAAGGAGAAGCUUGCCUACAUUGCACUCGACUACGAGCAGGAGCUCGAGACAGCCAAGAGCAGCUCUUCCGUUGAGAAGAACUACGAGCUGCCCGACGGGCAGGUUAUUACCAUUGGGGCAGAGAGAUUCCGUUGCCCGGAGGUCCUUUUCCAGCCUUCAUUCAUUGGGAUGGAAUCUGCUGGUAUUCACGAGACCACUUACAACUCAAUCAUGAAGUGCGACGUUGAUAUCAGGAAGGAUCUGUACGGUAACAUUGUCCUCAGUGGUGGCUCCACCAUGUUUGGCGGCAUUGCCGACCGUAUGAGCAAGGAAAUCACUGCUUUGGCUCCUAGCAGCAUGAAGAUCAAGGUGGUUGCACCGCCCGAGAGGAAAUACAGUGUCUGGAUCGGAGGAUCCAUUCUUGCUUCACUUAGCACCUUCCAACAGAUGUGGAUUUCUAAGGGCGAAUACGAUGAGUCUGGCCCAUCAAUUGUCCACAGGAAAUGCUUCUAAGAAGUUUGAGCGAGGGUUGUCAAGGGAUGGUACAUUGUGACAAUGAUGUACCGUCGGGUCUAUGUUAAAACCAUAGUACGGUUCUCGUUUUUUCUUUUUUGUUCUUUUGUUUAUUUUUUAUGGAUGAUGAGAAUGUAAUGACUUUUGUUUUCUAUAUCGACAUUAUUGUUCCUCCUUUUCGAUAGGUCAUCCAUCAUGUAGUUUGAGAGUGAUAAUAUUUCCUGUGUUUUUAUUUUUGAUGAGAACCAUUA